UCAGAUGUUCUCUCUGUCAGCUCUCAGACUGACGAUGGCCGAAGCCCAGCUGUAUGGAUUACAAGAUGAGAUCACCUGCUCAGUGUGUCUGGACAUCCUGACUGACCCCGUGUCACUGCAUUGUGGUCACAGUUUCUGUCUGAAGUGCCUCACUGACUGUUGGGAUCAGAGCCAAGUGUUCAGCUGUCCUCAGUGCAGAGAAAUCUACAAUCUGAGGCCGCAACUGAGAAGAAACACUGUGCUGAAUGAAAUCGUAGAGAAACUAAAGAAGACAGGACUCAGUUCUUCUCCAUCUCAGAAUUAUGCUGGCCCUGGAGAUGUGGAGUGUGACGCCUGUACUGGGAAGAAGUUCAGAGCGGUGAAGUCCUGUCUAACCUGCUUGGUCUCCUUCUGUCAGCCUCACCUGCAGCCUCACACUAAAGGACACACCCUAAAACACCACAAGCUGACUGAUCCUGAUGGAAAUCUGAAGGAGAAACUCUGUGCAAAACAUCAGAAAAGUCUGAAGAUAUUUUGCAAAACUGAUGAUUCGUGUAUCUGCAUGAUGUGUGUGGUGACUGGACAUAAAGGUCAUGAAAUAGUGGAGCUGGAGACGGAAAGAAAAGGAAAAGAGAAACAGUUGGGGAAAACACGGAGUGAAAUCAGGAGGAGACUUGAGGAGAGAGAGAAGAAAAUGAAGGAGAUGAGAAAUGUGGUGGAGCAGAUAAAAAUAUCUGUGGAAAGAGAGUAAAGGAAAAUGAGAAAAGCUUCAUUGAUCUG